AUGGCGGUUGGUAGCUUGAUUUUCAGCUCUCGGGCAAUUUGCCUUAUUUUGUAUCUCUAUCUUAUUCUUGGAGACCUAACUUGUACUAAAAGCACUUGUAAGCUAUCGCUGAAGAACGGCGCAGUGUUGACAUGCUCAAUGGAAGCUCCUGUCGUGAAAAUUCCGUGUGUUUCAAGAUGCCGACGAUCAACGGUCAAAACGCAACCGUUAUCCAUCAGACGCAAAGUGGCUGUUGGAACACAAAUACUUGUUCAGGCCUCCAUCGCGACCUUAUUGCUACAAUUGUCUGGAGAUAUACACUGUAAUCCUGGACCUAUAGAUAUGACAAAGAGCAACAAACGAUGUCUGUCUUUUAACGCAAGGAGCCUAUGCAGCACAAAUAAACUCUCUGACGGUACGAUCAUAAACAACUUACGUUCAUUUCAAAACAUGGUAUACGCAGAGAACUUAGACCUUGUAGCAGUCACGGAGACCUGGCUGAAAGAUUCCAUUAGCGACAAGGAAAUUCUACCAUAUGGUUAUCAUAUUUUACGAAAAGAUCGUGCGACUAACAUGCGUGGAGGGGGAGUGUUGUUAGCGCUGCGUAACGACAUUGAAUACAACCAAAUAACAUCUGAACAUUGGUCGGAACUUGAAAUCGUUGCCGCUGAGUUUUUAGACAACGCUGGCACUAAAUGCCUUGUUUCAAUAUGCUACCGUCCACCGAACUGUAAUCUUGCGGCGUGGCUGGAUCUGUUUACAAAAUUUCUACAGCUGACGGAGUGUUAUGAUAAAGUACUUAUUACUGGUGAUUUUAACUUUCCGGAGUUAACAUGGGAGUCAAAUUUGGUAUCAAACUCAACUGAACUAACGUCUGCUUCGGCCGUAGAGUUUCGUGAACUUAUUUAUGAUUUCUACCUACAACAAACUAACACACAUCCAAUGCGACUGGCUAAUAUUCUUGAUUUAAUCAUCACAAAUUGUCCUGAAACCAUUUCUGACAUAUCGUGUAUAUCGCCAAUUGAUAUGGACAUGUUUAGCGAUCACAAACUACUGUUCUUUGAUUUUUGUUUGCAUACUAAAGCAACAUGUUUGGAUUCACGUAAAGUUUUCAAUUAUCGAUUGGCAGAUUGGGAAGGUUUGUUUGAAAAACUCUCGCAAAUCGACAUAACUUCAAACGUUGUUUUGACUGGCGACAGUGGCGCAAGUGAUGGCGACGCGCGUAACCACGCAAGUGCUUACAACGUCACGACUGAGAACAUCGAUGAGAUAUGGCGCUGCUGGAAUGAGCUUUUUUUAAAAGCAGUAACUCAAUAUAUCCCAACCAAAACUAUACGCAGGCGCAAUACACCUCCGUGGUUCGAUAGUGAACUAAAACACCUUAUAAAUAAGAAAGAGACGGCUAGAAGGAAAGCUAAAAUAACCGGGAAAACUCAACAUGUCGAAAAAUAUCGUCUGCUACGUCGUUUGACAAAAAAAUUAAUCUCAAAAAAACGUUACGACUUUUAUCAAACUUUACCUAAUGUUUUAAAACGCAACCCUAAGAGAUUCUGGUCUGUGUUUAAGACGGUGUCCAACUCAUCCAGUGUUCCAAAUAAACUCUACUGGUCACAUGAUGACAUUACGUCCACAGCAGAAACCCCUACUGAUAUCGCCAACUUGCUGAACACUUACUUCAACUCCAUGUUUAAAUCUCCAUUGACAAAUGAACAAUACGAACAUUAUACCGUUGAUGUAGAGUUAUGUGAGGCAUUAGACGAAAUAUUGAUUUCGCCAGAUGAAGUCGAAGCAGUACUGCAAUCAUUAGACACGGAGAAAGCCUGA